AUGGACGCCCUUUUUACGCUCCCAGUACUCUCGAUAUUUGUCCUCCCUACGGUGUCCUCCUAUACAACGAGUCUUAACCUUAUAUUCUUUUACAUGACAUGGUCGACCCUCGUGCUUUCGCACCCCCCUCUUCGGGUGGAAUUGUUUGGCACAGCCGCUGUGCGGCUGCUGUUCUACCUACUUCCUUCACUCGUCUUCUUCCUCUUCGAUAUUCUUCUCCCUUCCACUGCAGUAGUGAUUAAGGCACAUGGCGAAACUGGCCUCCCAACGGGGAGUAAACGAGCCGGGAUUCGACUAAGGGAAUUCAAAGUCGCCGGAUGGGCGUUGGCCAACCUUGCAUUGAGCCUUGCAGUGCAGGCUGCAAUUGAGGAGAUCCGAACCAGGAAAUUAGGGAUGCCAAGUGCGUUAAGGGUUUCUAUGAGGCUGCCAAUGCCUUGGGAUAUAACGAAGGAUCUGCUUCGUGGGGUUUUGGUUCGAGAGAUUCUAGCAUACUAUAUCCACAGAUACAUCCUGCAUUCAGAGCACUCACGACUCGCAAAGUAUCAUCAGUCCUGGUACCACUCGCUUCAAGCACCGUUCCCGCUUACAGCGCACUACGACCAUCCACUCGUUUAUUUGCUCACGAAUUUCUUCCCUACCUAUGCGCCCGCUAUGCUCUUCCGCUUCCAUAUGCUCACUUAUAUCGUCUACCUGAUCAUCAUCUCUAUCGAGGAAACCUUCGCUUACUCCGGGUACUCUGUCAUGCCGACCAGUUUCUUCUUGGGGGGUAUAGCGCGCCGGAUGGAUGUCCAUUUGUUGAGUGGGGGAGAGGGGAAUUUCGGUCCUUGGGGGAUCCUUGAUUGGGUUAGUGGAACUGGAGUUGAUGAUGAUGAGGACGAUGAGGAAGAAGAUACGGAUGUGACAAGGGUGAUUGAGAGCUUGACGCAUCGAAAUGGGGCUCAUCAUGGUCAUGGACAUGGCGAGGAGGAUAGUUUGGAGGAGAAGGUUAGGAAAGCGGUUGAGAAGUCUACGAAGCGGAGGCAGGAGAAGCAUCGGUUGAGAAAGAAGCGAGGGGUUGAUUAUUGAC